AUGCUUGCAAUUGCUGGAGAUUGGCUAAUGCAUGUCGCUGUGUGUCGUUCUGGUGGACUAAAGGAUGUCAACCGUUCCUGUCGACAACUCACAGAUGAUCGCCAGCCCCUACUGCUGCACAUGCUCAUUGCACAAGAACAACUGCACAAGUAUGUGAUUAAUGUAAUACAUGUGAUUAUAUUGGAUUGAUUUUAAUUAAUGAAUUAAUUAUCAAUAAAAUUCAUCCUUUCAGAUACGCACUACGCAUUGAAAUGUCAUUUCCUGAAGACCCGACUGGAGAUGGGUGUGGCUUCAAUGGACUUAGUGUUGUCAGUGCUGGAAGUUGGUUAGAUCGAGAUGGGAUGUUAUUUGUAAAUGACCAGUCAUUCCCCCUCCCUCGAAUAUAA